AUGUGUAUGGAUGUCAAACCGGUUGAUGUCGAUGAAGAUGUUCGUAAACAAUUUACAAAUGAACGGGAGUUUGCGGUUCGUGAACAUAUGCUUCAAUGGAUCCGCACAGAGGCUUCCAAAUUAGGGUUCAACAUUGUAAUCGGAAGGUCAGAUAAAGGUUAUGAUAGAAGAUAUACAUUUGUGACAUUGAGAUGCAAAAGAAGUGGCAAGUACGCAAAUCAUAUCCGGAAGUUAAAACGGAAUGACACUGAUUCGAGGAGAUAUGAGUGUCCUUUUAAGUUGUGCGGGUACCUUAUGGUAAAUACUACAUGGAGAUUUAAUGUGAUUUUUGGUAGACAUAAUCAUGACAUGUGUUAUAAGUUAGUCGAUCAUCCCAUUGCACGUCGUCUUAAACCAGAAGAAAAAGAGAUCGUUUUUGUCAUGCUAUUGAAAAUGGUGCAACCCAAAAACAUACUCAGAACUUUGAAACGGAAUAGACCACAAAAUGUCUCAUAUAUCAAGCAAGUUUACAUUGUUUGUGGCCGAAAGAACAAGGAGAUAAGAGGUCCAAGAACUAAAAUUCAACAACUAUUAAAGCUUUUGGAAGAUAACCAUUAUAUAUCUAGGUAA